CUAGCUGCACCUAUAGUUCGCGGUCGCUUUAUAAAAACGAAGCUCUUUCUGGUAGGCAACGAGAGACGCAUCGCAUACGCGCCGCACGCCUCAUCAGCCCUUCGACAUGGCUUGCUCCAAGAUUCUCGUUGCACUGCUGCUCAUCGCUCUACUGUCGAUUGCGUCGGCUAAACCCGGAUACUAUGGUGGUCUCGGCUACUACGGUGGAUAUGGUGGUUACUAUGGUGGUUAUCCUUAUUACUACCGCUAUCCAUACUUUGGUUACGGCCACGGAUACGGGUAUGGAGGCACUGGACUCUAUGGAUUUGGAUACGGCUCUUCGCUAUCUCGUAUGCAUGCUAUUUGCUCCUUUUGCCGAUCACAAUGACCGUUCAGCGAUGAAACUUGUUAUGAUACAACAUUACGUAUAAUUGUCUCGCACAUUAGCUUCAAAUUAAUUAUUUGUCUCACGUCACAAAUGGUCCAAUGAACAUUUCACAACUUGCGCUCUUAGUCAUAAUCAUGACAUAAGUGUUAGAAAGCCAUUGAAGAUUGACAAGUAUCCUGAAAUAGUAAUGAUCACCUCAUGAUAGACGAUUACAUUGAGAUUGAGAAACAACGUUAUCUGACAAAUAUUCGCAAUAUACAAUAUGUCAUACCUAAAAUGUGCUCUACUACAUUCUCGUCGUAAAAAUGAGGACUCUCUAAGUAUAAUAAUACAAUGCGGUCGAAUUAUGCAAUUGAAAAAAUUUGGACUUGAGUCUCUGCAUUAG